GUCUGGAUUUACAGUACCUUCAAUGUCACAUUUGUUGUGUGUAAAGUAGCUACCUGUCUUGCAGCUAACUUGUCGCAAACAUGUAUAAAUUAAACUGUAUAUUAGUUAGUUCUGUGAGUACCGUAUGCCGACAGCUUGUCGCCUCCGUAAAUGGAAGUGGAAGCUCACUAUGUGGAGGCACUGCCUUGCAGCGGACCGUUUGUUCCAGUGCUGUCAGACUUCAGGAGGCAGCUUCCAGCCCAGAGGCCAGGAACGCCUCCUCCAAAGACUUCAGCAUCUUCCCCCCGAUGCCGGGCUAUGACUCGUCCCUGAGAUGGGGGGGCAGGAAGUUCGAAGAGUUACCCAUCGUUCACGUAAAAGCGACGUACAACAACACACACAUCCAUGUGACGGAGAGCGUGGGUCAGUCUCUGGUCCGGACGUCCUGCGGCACCGAAGGCUUUAAGAACAUCAAGAAGUCCACGCCGGUCGCUGCUCAGACCGCGGGAAUCUCUGCUGCUGUCAAAGCCUCAGAGAAGGGCGUGACGUUUGUCCGUGUCGUUAUCAAAGGCAUCGGACCAGGACGAUGGUCUGCCAUCCAGGGCAUCACCAUGGGGGGUCUGCAGGUGGUCUCCAUCACAGACGAGACCCCCGUGCCGCACAAUGGCUGCCGUCCCCGCAAAGCCAGAAGAACAUGAUCCCCUGAACGCACCAUGUGUAGUAAUCUGAUAAAUAAAGAGUUUUUGUUUUGUUGUGUAA